AUGAAAAAGAAUUGGUUACUAGAAUAUCAUUUUGUGCGCGGAGACUUCUCGUUUUGUAAGAAAAUCAUCCAAGAUUUAUCACCAAAGAGUGAUAAUACUUGCCAGGAUGAAUACUCCAAUUACGUGCAAGCACGUAUAUACUAUGCCGAAGGGAAAAUACAAGAGAGCUCCCAGCUUUUUCAAUUGUGUUAUUCAAAAAAUCCUAAUAAUCCAGGAGCUCUACAAGAAAUUGCCAAAUAUUUAAUUGCUCAGGGGCGAUAUAAGAAAGCCGUUGAAGCGCUAAUGCUUGCAAAACUCCUGAUAAAACAACCAGAUUUUAUGCUUUUACAUGAUCUCGCUCGUUGCAACCUCAACCUCAAAGAAUAUGCGUUGGCUGAGGAGAACUGCAGAGAGGCAAUCAAAAUCUGUAAAAGCAAAUCCAUCUAUAAACUAUUAGCAGCUUGUCUAAUUCGUCAGCGUAAAACAGGAGAGGCGAUUGAGGUUUUUCGUUUAUCGUUAAGACUGUUUCCUAAGAGUAGUCAACUUUACACCACUUUUGGUAAACUCUGCGUAGAAAUGGGCUUCAACGAAGACGCCAUGAAAACUCUGUCAGCAGCCAUUAAGCUAGAUGAUAACAAUACCGUGGCAUUAAAUGAAAUAGCCGUUUUACACCAGAAACGUGAUGAGAUUGACGACGCCAUCAACAGAUAUAUGGAGUUGGUUUGUCGUGGUAUGGAAUCGGCAAGCAUAUUCAGCAAUUUAGGCCUCUGCUAUUUCUACAAAGACAAAUUUGUUAUGGCGCUAACGUGUUUGUUGCGGGCACGUGAUAUCGAUUCAACGUCCAGCGAAACUUUGUUCAACUUGGGCCUUGUAUUUGCAUCUUUGCACCAAUAUUGCUCCGCCUUUAUCCACUGGAAAGCGGCUGCCGUUUAUGCCACAAAUAAAAGUUUCGUGGAUCAAGAGCUAGUUACGUUACUUUCAGCAUGCUUACCUUUCGUUAAUAAAGAGACGGAUACCUAACAAUUAGGUAAAGAAUACGUGCAAAUUUUUAUUCUCAAGGAAUGACUGCGAUAGUCAAUAUUUUUUGGGAUUCUUUU